AUGCGGAACCCCAGCAUGAUGUUGGGUAACAGCGCAGGAUCCUGGUUGAUCUUAUUAAUGGCAAACACCAAGGCCAAGACAUGCUGUACCGGGGAGGAAGUUUAUUUCGAUGAGAACGGUGAAUCAUCAGCUGGAUACGACAUUUUAAACUGGAUCGUUUUUCCCAACGAUUCCUUCAUCACAGUCAAAGUGGGUCACGUGGACCCACGGGCUCCUGUUGGCCAAGAGUUCACCAUUAAUGAGGCAGCCAUUGUUUGGAACAGCAGGUUCAAUCAGACAGUGCCACGGUCCAUGUGCACUGACAGCUGCCAUCCUGGAUAUGUUAGGACAGUUUGGGAGGGGAAGCCACUUUGUUGCUAUAACUGUGCUCCAUGCCCAGAAGGGACCAUUUCCAACCAGACAGAUGCGGAUCAUUGUGAUAGGUGCCCAGAAGAUCAGUAUCCAAACAGGGACCAAGAUAAAUGCAUACCCAAGUUUAUGAAUUUCCUUUCCUAUAAAGAACCUUUGGGAUUUAUUUUGGCUUCUUUUGCUCUUUUAUUUUCUCUUCUCACAGUGCUGGUGCUAGGAAUGUUUAUUAAGCAUCAGGAAACUCCCAUAGUGAGGGCCAACAACCGGGAGCUCAGCUACGUUCUUCUCCUCUCCCUCCUGCUCUGCUUCCUCUGCAGCUUGGUAUUCAUUGGCCAGCCUGGCCAGGUGACCUGCCUUCUCCGACAAACAGCUUUUGGUGUCAUAUUCUCUGUCUCUGUUUCUUCUGUGUUGGCAAAAACCGUCACUGUGGUUCUGGCCUUCAAGGCCACAAAGCCAGGAGCCAGCAUGAGGAAAUGGCUGGGGAGAAGACUGGCUGGCUCCAUCAUCGUUUCCUGUUCCCUUAUCCAAGUUGGGAUUUGUGCUGUCUGGCUGGGAAUUGCUCUCCCGUUCCCAGAUCUUGACAUGAAAUCAGAGGUUGGACACAUCUUAAUGCAAUGUAAUGAGGGGUCAAACACCGCCUUCUACUGUGUCCUGGGCUACAUCGGCUUCCUCGCCAUUGUCAGCUUCAUGGUUGCUUUCCUAGCCAUGAAACUGCCUGAUACUUUCAAUGACGCCAAGUUCAUCACCUUCAGCAUGUUGGUGUUUUGCAGCAUGUGGGUCUCCUUCAUCCCCACUUACCUGAGCACCAAGGGGAAAUACAUGGUGGCUGUGGAGAUCUUCUCUAUCUUGGCCUCCAGCACUGGGCUACUGGGCUGCAUCUUCAACCCCAAAUGCUACAUCAUUGUGCUGAGGCCUGACCUGAACACUAGGGAGCAGCUAGUUAUGAAAUCCAAAUCUGGGACACAGGAAUUAUGA